UGUAUGCUAACGUUUUGGCGCCCCCUUGAGGCGGCUAUGCCAGCGGCCGUGUUGUAGCCGUAGCCAGCGAUCAGACAACCUGCUGGGUAAACAACAGUGGAUCCAUCGGAAGGAAGGAAUGGGAACUUCGUCGAGGGCUAAUAGUUUUGUGAGAUGCAGCAGACAGAACCCUAGGAACUGAUGCAAGUACACUUUGUGUUUGCCCUUUGAGGACGGACCUGCCACCAUGAAGAGUGAGGUGCCGUCUGAGGCCCCCGGCAGACAGGAGCAUCUGAAGGAGCCACUGGUGAACCCAGAGCCUGUGGAGGCAGCCAAGAACUUCACUAACAACAUGGAGGUGAUCGGAAAGGCAGGAAGCGAAUACGAAACCCUGUGUGAGUCCAGGCAUCGGCCCCUGAGGGACACCGGAACACACAGAGACUCAGAGAGGAGCCUCCCUGGGCGUAGAAAAAGAAAGGGUCAGCAGGCAGGGCCAUCAGACUGCUCACUGAAGGAGGGCCACAUUAGUGAGAGUUCACUGGCUCCUCAGCGUCCCAGGGUAGAACUUUUGCAGCACCCCAGUGAGGACGACCAUAAUCAUGAGUCCUCUUUCAGUGACUGUGCAUCCUCCCCUUCCUCCAGCUUGCGGUUCGGAGACUCAGACACUCUCAGCUCCGAGGAUGAUGGGGAAGUUGGAGCAACAGGGGGCCAACAUAAGCCUCCUGCCCUGACAACAGGGGGACCCACUGGAGUUGGCCUGCGCCCUGUUUUGGGCCGAACUCGGGGGAAUCGCUCUCACAAAUGGGUGCGGUCUGAGACUGAGGCAGUGCUGCUGAAGCGGCCGUGUUUGAACAGUCGGCGGUCUCUGCAUAGGAAGCGCUUUUUGAAAACCGGUCCUGGAGGGGGUCAGCGGACUCAGAAGCAAAAGGAGCGACGGUUACUGCAGAGGAAAAAACGUGAAGUGAUUGCACGUAGGAAGUAUGCUUUACUCCACAGCACCAGUAGUUCCAGCGAGGAGCUGAGUGGUGACUCGUCCUCCCACUCUUCCACUGAGGCAGAGGACGAGCUGUACGUCGAUGUCAGCAGCACCAGCAGCCAGCCAAAUGCCACAGUAGCCACAGGUGGUCUGGAUGAGGAUGUGGUGGUGAUUGAGUCGACUCCAGCUCCGGCUCCCGCUGUCCCUGCCAGUGAGGAGAUCAACGUCACCUCAACGGACAGCGAGGUGGAGAUCGUCACAGUCGGAGAUGGUUUCAGGUCACGCUCAGUGGGACGUCUUGGCGGUCUUUGGGGUAAUGGCUGCUCCCAGAAUCGCCUCCAAGAGCCACGUGGACGCCACAGACUCUCCACCGUCAUCCAACCGCUGCGUCAGAAUGCCGGAGAGGUGGUGGACCUCACAGUGGAUGAAGAUGAUCUCUCAGUUGUGCCAACAACCUCUGGCAGCAUCCACCCUCAAACAGUCAGGUCUUCAUCGUCGUCAUCUUCCCAUCAUGCCUCUACCUCAGAGAUCAAUGAUGCCCCUGGCCCUUCCACUAGCUGCCCCGGCCCAAUACCUGAAAGUAUGCACACACAGAGGCUAAGUGGCUCCACUCGCACAGCCACAGAGGAUGACAGCAGGCCGAGUCUGUCUGGGGCAGCAGGAGAACACGCAGGCACGGCUUUGCCCAGGCUCCCAUCCUGCUGUCAGCAGCACUCCCCGUGCGGAGGCCCCUCGCCCGGUCACCUGCCCCUGAGCCACUCCCAUUCUAGCUGCCUGCAGGCGUCGUCUUCUCAGCAGACCGGCGCCUCUCAGCACGGCCACGGGCACGGCCACAACAACGGCCACCACUUCCUCCAUCACGUCCAUCACCCAGCACCGCAGCCCGUGGGCACCCUCCCCUUUCAGGAGCCAAGCUGCCCCGUGGAGCGACCCAGUGCUCUACCUGCAUCAUGCGCUGGAGUCAGCAGCAGCAGUAACAACAGUAGCAGCAGCAACACAGCCCACUACCAUGACCAGCAAACUCUGCCAGUGGACCUGAGUAACAGCAGUGUUCGAAGUGGUGGAAACGGUGGCGCCAGUUUCCAUGGCAGCACCUCGGCCUUUGACCCGUGCUGCCCAGGCUCCACCUCACGGCCUCCUGCUUAUGGUUCCCAGGCUACUCCUGGACCCAGCCAGCCCGCGGUGGUGGACUCCUUCGGCUCCUCCAUAGUGGCUCAGCCCCAGCCACAAACACAACCCCAGCCCUGCAGACAUUACAUGCACCCCCCCUAUGGCUCUCUAACACGCUCACUACACCAUCAGCCCUCCACUGCCUGCCCCCACUCCCAUGGGAACCCUCAGCUCGCACCGCAGCCCCCUCCACAAGGCGAUUAUGUCAUUCCCCACACUGUCACCUUUCAUCCACCACUGCCAUCUCACCCAUCAGGCCACGCUGUGCCCCCUGCCCCUCCCCCUCCCCUGUCGACCCACCACCUCUCCGGUUCAAGUGCCCCACUGGCCCCGCACCUGUCUGCAGACCACCAGACCCUGCCGCACCAUAUGCCAGCACUGGGGGCCUCUGUGCAGAGACUCCAUCAACACGAGAUGCUGCAGAGGAUGGAGGUCCAGAGGCGCCGGAUGAUGCAGCACCCGACACGAGCACAUGAGCGUCCACCUCCACACCCCCACAGAAUGCAUCCUAACUACGGACACGGUCACCACAUCCACGUGCCACAAACUAUGUCUUCCCACCCUCGGCAGCCUGAGCAGAGAACAGCAUGGGAGCUUGGCAUCGAGGCUGGAGUGACUAUGCCACCAUACCCUUCAGGGCACCUGCACUCCCACCUGCCCCACUACCACCCUCCCCCUAGACUGCACCACUUCCCCAUCCCCUUCAUGCACACUGGCAUAUCCGAAGUGACCUACCCGCACAUUCGCUACAUCUCAUCGAGAAUAACUGGCUUUGGAAGAACCUAUGAGGACCUGCUGCAUUUAGAGGAAAGACUGGGGACUGUGAACCGAGGAGCCUCUCAGGGAACCAUAGAGAGGUGCACUUACCCACACAAGUACAAGAAGAAGGUGUUGGAGAGAGACAUUGACCAACAGUUAACUCCUGAAGCUUGGGCAUCUAUUGGGAAAAAUAUGCACGCAACCCCUGAAUCGAGGAAGCUGCACGGUAAGCAAGAAGACGACGAGGGCGCCGACGAAGACACCGAAGAGAAAUGCACCAUCUGCCUGUCCAUACUGGAGGAAGGGGAGGAUGUCAGGCGCCUACCAUGUAUGCACCUCUUCCAUCAGCUCUGUGUGGAUCAGUGGCUCCUCACCAAUAAGAAGUGCCCCAUCUGCAGAGUGGACAUUGAGGCGCAGCUGUCUGCCGAGAGUUGAUGCUGUCUUUCUAACAACCCCUUUUGUUGAAAAUUUUAUUUUGAGGUCAUAUUAAUUUUCUCUUCAGUACCGCAGUCAACCAAAGAUGGCAUGAAUAACCUGUGCAGCUCUACUACAAGAAAAAGAAAAAGAAAACACAUCUGACAAAAAAGCAUUGAGCCUAGAGUGCCAGCUAUGACAUAUUACUACAACAGCUAGAAUUCUCCAUUAACGGUUUAAGAUUUUAUUGUAUUUAUAAAGCUUUUAUGUAGCUUUUGAUUGUUUCCUCAAGUGUCAUUUCUGUUUUGUUUCUCUGCAUGUUUCCUUGCAAUGCAUUUCUUUGCACAUAUAACGUGGGCUUGACACAGCCUUACAACUCGCAGGUGAGGAUAGCUGCUCUAGUAAAGGUGCAUUUCUGUAAACCUAAUGCCUUGCUUUACUAGAAUAGAACGUCAACCUCCAGUUCGAAUAAAAAACAUUGCAGGAUUCAUUUUACCAAUCAUUGUAUUGAUUAGUUUAUGUUUAGAAGAUGUGGAUUGUUAGUGAAAGAUGUUUUUUUAAGUAAAUCAAGACAUUCCUAACUAGGGAAAUAUGUUAACAGAUCAGCUGCUGUAUUAGUGCACACCCCAGUAUUUCUAGAGUGGAAAUAAACUCCAUUGUUCACCUCACUCCCAGAAUAUGCACAUGCUUUGCUAGUUACACCUCUUUCCAGCACCUUCAUUUGACUAAAACACCGUUAUCACCACCAUCUGAUGUAUUUCAGAGGGCAAGAAAAAGAAUGUCACAUCCCCCCUUGACUGUUCUUUCUAAACCGAGCGAUUGUUGGGGUCUGCUGUGAACCUUUUCUCCGUCUCCUCGGGGGAUCCUUCCCCGCAGACGGGCCUGCGUCAGUUAGCUUUCUGUGAGGUGAUCUCAGGUCUACACGUGUGCAAGGGGUUUCACAUGAGCCCGCAGCCUGGGAUCAUUCUGUCAGCUCGAUACUGGCAGUGGUGUGGACUUUCAUUUCCAUUGUGUGUUCAGAGGGAAAUACACAGCUCUACUUGGGAUUAAUAUUUACUGUUUGUUCUCGCACUUCGAACCGUUUCAUCCACCUUCCCUUUUGUCUCUCUCUCUUUAUCUGAGCGGCAGCGUCCAGUUUGGCUGCGGCGGAAAGAUAAACACUAAUACUGUUGACUAACUCACUCGCAUAGACUUGCACAAGAGAGAAAAAGGUAGGAGAAUAGCAGUGAAUAUGAAAAUGCGCUGAGGCCAUGUAUUUCCACUCUGCUGAAUAUGACAAAAAGAAAAAAAAAUAUUUUGAAUGGAGUGUUGAAAUGCAGUACUUAAAGCAGGUAUCCAUGCAUUCAUUGACUUAAAGGCACCAGGAUCAUAUUCUGUGGGAUUUAUAUUAGUUUUAAAAAAUAUUAAUAAACUUGGAUAACUCUUAA